UCAGCCAAUGACAGUCUUUGUCUGGAGCUUUGUCUCCGCCUACUUCGCCCGACGCGCGAGAGCGGCGAGGGAAGCGAGGCGGCGGCGAGCGGCGGCGGGCGCGGCGGCUGAGUUGCUUCUGGAGGGACCCCGAGAUGACCGGUUCUAACGAGUUCAAGCUGAACCAGCCCCCCGAGGAUGGCAUCUCCUCUGUGAAGUUCAGCCCCAACACGUCGCAGUUCCUGCUAGUCUCUUCUUGGGACACGUCCGUGCGCCUCUACGAUGUGCCGGCCAACUCCAUGCGACUCAAGUACCAGCACACCGGCGCCGUCCUGGAUUGCGCCUUCUACGAUCCAACACAUGCCUGGAGUGGAGGAUUAGACCAUCAAUUGAAAAUGCAUGAUUUGAACACUGAUCAAGAAAAUCUUGUUGGAACUCAUGAUGCCCCUAUCAGAUGUGUUGAAUACUGUCCCGAAGUGAACGUGAUGGUUACUGGAAGCUGGGAUCAGACGGUUAAAUUGUGGGAUCCCAGAACCCCUUGUAAUGCUGGGACCUUCUCUCAGCCUGAAAAGGUGUACACCCUGUCGGUGUCGGGAGACCGGCUGAUCGUGGGCACGGCAGGCCGCAGGGUGCUGGUGUGGGACCUGCGGAACAUGGGCUACGUGCAGCAGCGCCGCGAGUCCAGCCUCAAGUACCAGACGCGCUGCAUCCGCGCCUUCCCCAACAAGCAGGGUUAUGUAUUAAGUUCUAUUGAAGGUCGAGUGGCAGUUGAGUACUUGGACCCAAGCCCCGAGGUACAGAAGAAGAAGUAUGCCUUCAAGUGUCACAGACUAAAGGAAAACAAUAUUGAGCAGAUUUACCCUGUCAACGCCAUUUCCUUUCACAACAUCCACAAUACCUUUGCCACAGGUGGUUCUGAUGGAUUUGUAAAUAUUUGGGAUCCAUUUAACAAAAAGCGACUGUGCCAGUUCCAUCGGUACCCCACCAGCAUCGCCUCACUCGCCUUCAGUAAUGAUGGGACCACGCUUGCAAUAGCAUCAUCGUAUAUGUAUGAGAUGGAUGACACGGAACAUCCUGAAGAUGGUAUCUUCAUUCGCCAAGUGACAGAUGCAGAAACAAAACCCAAGUCACCAUGUACUUGACAAGAUUUCAUUUACUUAAGUGCCAUGUUGAUGAUAAUAAAACAAUUCGUACUCCCCAAUGGUGGAUAUAUUACUAUUAACAAAGAAGCCAGGGAACAUUUUUUUAAUUUUAAUAUCAUAAGAACCUGAAAAUAUUGGAAAAGAGAUUUUUUUAUUGUUUGUUGUUUUCUUUUUUUAACACUUUCUUUAGCACAUGAGAUGGUUUGAUGGUUUUUCUGCAUUUAAAGGUAUUUGGGCAAACAGAAGGGGAGGGCAGCAACAGCACUUCUGAGAAUCAGUUUUGACCUUGAUUUUUGUUUCCACUGCGGAAAUAAAUGUUUGUAAAUAAAUGUAGGUAAUAAAGCCCCCUUUGCAUUCUUUCUGGGCCUUAAAUGGUAGAGAAGAAGGCUCUUGAGCCAUUUGUUUCUCUUGCUGGUUAUAGUUGCUAAUUCUAAAGCUGCUUCAGACUGCCUCAUGAGGAGGUUAAUCUACAAUUAAACAAUAUUUCCUCUCGGCCGUCCAUUAUUUUCUGAAGCAGAUGGGUCAUCAUUUCCUGGGCUGUGAAACAAAGCGAGGUUAAGGUUAGACUCUGGGGAAUCAGCUCGUUUUCAAUCUUAUUAGGGUGCAGGAGGAAAACUAAUAAGAAAACCUCCUAACAUCAUUUUGUGACUGUAAACAAUUAUUUAUUAGCAAACAAUUGAUCCCAGAAGGGCAAAUUGUUUGAGUCAGUAAUGAGCUGAGAAAAGACAGAGCAUAUCUGUGUAUUUGGAAAAAUAAUUGUAACGUAAUUGCAGUACAUUUAGACAGGCAUCUAUUUGGACCUGUUUCUAUCUCUAAAUGAAUUUUUGGAAACAUUAAUGAGGUUUACAUAUUUCUCUGACAUUUAUAUAGUUCUCAUGUCCAUUUCAGUUGCCCAGCCGCUGGUGAUUAAGGUUAAAAAGAAAAAAAUUAUAGUGAGAAUGAGAUUCAUUUCAAUGUAAUGCCCUGAAGCAGAACAUGAACUUAGCUUGGCCUAUUCUAGGCAGUUCCAAAUCGUAUUUUUGUUGUCACAGUUUUUGUUUUUUUUAUUUAUAUUGUUUGCAAAUGUAUGUAUCUGAAUGGUACUUGGACCUUUACUGAAAUUUGUUUUAUCCAUGAUGUAUUUUUAAAAAUUUCUUUUGCUACAGAAAGAGGUCUUUUAUUUGUAAGUAUUUCAGUGGAAACUUGGUGUAAGUCUGAAGCCACCUUUUGAAAUGUAUUUUCUUCCUUGCAGGUCCACCUAACCAUCUCCUGAGAGUGGUUUCUCUAUGGAAAGCUUUCUUUUGCUUCCUACCAAUACAUGGUUGUCCCUUAAGGGGUGCGUUUUAGUCAUUGUGGACACGUUCUUUACUAUGUGAAUUUUUCUGUUCUCUUGUUGGUGUGCCCUUUCCUCCUGACUGUAGGAUGAGGAGUCUUUGUGUCCUCGUGCAGUAGUCUGAAGAAUUGUUUUUCCCUCAGCAAGCCCAGUUGCUGUGUAUGAGCAGCUUGAGCUCUUUCUGUAAAAUAACCUAAACCUGUUAUUUCCAUGCUGUCUAAUAAAUCAGAGAUUCAAAACCCUUAAAUGUUGGAUGUUUUUAAAUGUUGGUAAUUAAUGUAAUUUACUUCGUAAAAAGCCUUCUGUAAAGCAAACCUCCCUUCAUCAGGGGUCCUGGUGGGGAUGACAUUGUACCUUUUGGUCCACACUGCCUUGUUUAAUUAUGUCUAUUCUGAUGUACUUUGGGGAUUCAGUCUUGAAUAAAGUGAUCUGUUGGAGUUCUGCCA